GAAAACGGCAAACACAGCGUUAGCGACUGAUAAGAGGCAUAAGGGGUAUUAUUUGUCUAUCGGUCGGAUGCUUUAGGUACGCUAACCCUACGCCCCUCCAGCAACUAUAAACGGCAAACACAGCGUUAGCGACUGAUAAGAGGCAUAAGGCCAGACAGUGAAGCAGUAGAAACAAGAACUAGAAUGGUGAGCUUGAAAUCGGAGAAGGAUCCUACAAAACCCUCUACCAAGAACCCAAGCAAAUCUCUGCGUCCUCGCGGACCCAAGAUAAAGUCUAAGAAGAAGAAUGUUAAAGCCAACACCAAGAAUAGAAACAAGAACGAGGGGAACACUGAAAUCAAUAGCAACAAUAAUGACAACUGCAAAACAGUUGAAGUAGCGUCGGCCUCUCAGCAGCUGUCUUUCCUUCUCGACGAGUUUCAAUCCGCCAAUGGCGUGCAGCUUUCUUCCCUCGAGUUGGAAUCGAUCAAAGAUACAUGCAUUCUGGAGCUGUCUCAAUGCCUGGAUCAAGAUGCUAGUAACAUAGGUAAACAUAUGAAGGCGGCUUUUGGACAGUUAUGGAAGGAAGUUCUUUGCAAUGGGCAGCUCUUGGAAGGAAAAAUUGAGUCUGGGAGUCCAGUCAUUCUUAUUAUUAGUGCAUCUGCUUCAAGAUCAUUGGAGCUACUCAGGGGGUUCCGGCCAUUGACCAAAGAAUGUCCUGCUGCAAAGCUAUUCUCAAAGCACAUGAAGGUUGAAGAUCAGGUAUCCUUAUUAAAGAACCGCGUUAAUAUUGCAGGUGGCACGCCAACCAGGAUUAAGAAAUUGAUAGACAUAGAGGCAUUGGGUCUUUCACGGUUAGCAGUUGUUGUGCUUGACACACAUGUAGAUGUUAAAGGUUAUUCUUUGUUUACACUCCCACAAGUCAGGGAGGAAUUCUGGGACCUGUACAGAAACUGCUUUCACGAGAGAGUAACUCAAGGUGACCUGCGUAUCUCUCUUUCUGGCCCAUUGCCAGUCGUUUCUAGGAGAAAGAAGAUGCACAAUUUCUAGGAGAAUGUAAGAGAUGUAUGUUGUGGAGGAAGUAUUGUAUUGUAUUGUAUUUAUGUUGCCCCUGGUGUCGAAUUAUUUAUUUUAUCUUCAAAUUUUUUAAAUUUAAAUUUGUAUGAAUUUCGAUAAAUUAUAGUAUAUAAUUUUUUGUAAUUCAUGUUGCUAAAUGCUAUUCAUAUUGGAUUUGAAUAUGAUAUCUUUAAGCCAA